AUGCAUCUCGGCGAGGCCAUUGGCACGGCGUGCGGCGCCUUUGCCGCCACCAACAUUGACGACAUCUUCGUGCUCGUCACCUUCUUCGCCGAGUCGGCCACGAACCGGGCCAUGUCGCCCCUCAACAUCACCAUCGGCCAGUAUGCCGGCUUCACCGCCAUCACCGUCAUCAGCAUGAUUGGCUUCGGCAUCUCGCUCGCCCUGCCCUCCGAGCCGAUUGGUUUUCUCGGCUUCCUGCCCAUGCUGCUCGGCUUCUGGGCCCUGUUCGACGUCGUCCUGUCGCGCGCCGCCGCCGACGACAGCGAGCAUGCCGACGAGCAGUACCACAUGACAAACGCGACACGCCUGAAAAUUAUAGCCAAAGUCGCACUGAUUACCCUCAUCAACGGCGGCGACAAUAUCGGCACCUACAUCCCGCUGUUUUCGCAGACGCGCGGCGCUGAGAUUGCCGUCUACGUGGUCGUGUUCUAUAUUGGCGUCGGCGUGUGGUGCCUGGCCGCCUGGAUCAUCAUGAAGCAGAGACAGGUUCUGAUGGUGGCGCAGAAAUACGCCGAGUAUUUUAUCCCGUUCUUGUACAUGGGCUUGGGUGUCUUUGUCAUUGUCAAAUCACACUGCUAUCCAUGGUCCAUCGACCACAUCAACCGAAAACUACCGGCGCAUCCCGGCCGACUGGUGCUCGCGCUCUGCACGACGGGGUUCUUAAUACUAGCUAUGAGCAUCAUGUUUGCCAUGAAGUGGCGGACGAGACAAAAGGAAAUCGCGGAGGAAUCCGCAGCCGGCGUCGGCGGCGCGGUCACUGAGCUGGCAGAGGUUGGGCCGCAGCCUUUGACAGAGAGAACGCAGACAGUCGACGAUGCUAGCCAGACGCCCGAAAAACCUACUACAGCAGAUACGUCGCUAGCCAGUACAAUACGGACAGAGGACGACAAGAGGCAAAUACCGCCUUAG